CAUAGCAGCGGGAAGUUGUGUCUCUCAUCAUGGACAUUCAGAGCCGAGUCCUUGCUGCGAUAGUACCGGCUACAGGGAGGGAAUAUGUCGCGAAUGAAAACGAGCCAGGACUCGAGGUGCGAGCAGGGAACCGUCAGAGCUCCGGUAACCGGGUCAGAGAGGUCCAGGUGACGGGAACAGCGGAGGUGAGCUGCCCGGCAGACCGAGUGUCAGUGCGGGUCAGUGUAGGAAGCAGCAAAGAGUCAGUCAGCGAGGUGACCAACAGUGUUUCAAGGAGACUUGAAUACAUCUUACAAGCUGUCAGACAACAUGGUGUCAGUGACAAGGACACCUCAGUGAGGAGGUUUCUCCAUCGAGAAGGAGAGCAGUAUCACAUGAAUGCAGAGGUCGUGGUCAUAUUCUCUGAUUUCGAGAAGAUGGAGCAGGUGUGUAGCAUCCUGCUGGAGAAGAUGGACAGGAGUGUUUGUGUGGGAACACCUCAGUUCUACCACAGUCCUGAAUGCCUGAGUCAGAUGAGACGGCGGGCAUGUGUGUCAGCGGUUGAAAAUGCUCAACAGAAGGCUCGUGAAGUCAGUCAGCUCCUUGGGCAAACUCUAGGACCCCCCAUACUAAUCAGAGAGGAGGAGACAAAGGAGUGGAAGACCGAGGAUGAUGAGGAGUACGGAGGAAGAAACCAGAGCGCUGCAUCCCUUCCUCAGCUUCCUUGUGCACCAACAGUUACUGCCUCCUCCCAGGUGUCUGCAUCUUUCAGCCUCAGAGACAGAGGCAGGAAGAAAAACUGAAGACAUUUUUAAUUGACUCAUAAAAGAGAGGAGCACAUUUUCACAGUUUGAAGGAUUUUAUUGCUUUUUGUUACCAUUUUAUAAAGUGCUUUUUUAUCCUCAGCCUACAAAGCAGGAAAUUUAGAGGAAAACUAAUAAAUUUUGAAUCAAA